AAAAAGUAGCUUAUCGGAAAAUGACCUACAUAUAGGUCAAUAUAGAUCAGCAUACCGCUUAAUAAAUUUCUAAUCGCAACGAAAUCAGUCUUCCGAAAUCUUUAAACAGCAUCGUUGGGCAAUGAAUUCACUUUUUGUUACAAUAUUUAAUACAGCUCUUCUUGCCGCUGUGGAUGGAUUUAGUGAGGAAUCAAUAUUUGACGAUGAGGAUAUAUUCAAUCAAGCACUACCGCCAAUAGCACAUACGGGCAUAACUGCACCUGGUACUAAAUGGUGUGGACCCGGUAAUACGGCGGAAAAUUACAAUGAUUUGGGCACACAGUGGGAAGCUGACAAAUGCUGUCGCGCACACGAUCAUUGCGAUGAUAUUUUAGAAGCCAAAACAUCGUUACAUGGUCUUGACAAUAACGACUGGUUUCCAAUACUAAAAUGCACUUGUGAGCAAGAGUUUUUGAAUUGUUUACAAAAUGUUAACAAUAUGGCUUCCAACACAUUGGGUCGCGUCUACUUCGGUAGUCGAAGCAAAUGUUUUGCUUUAGGUUAUCCUCUAGUCAGUUGUAAGCAAUAUCAGGAGGGUACUUUUCGGAAGCGUUGCGCGCGUUACGAUAUCGAUAAAACUAAAAAGCAACAGUGGCAAUUUUAUGACAUACCAUUUUACAGUUUAAGCCGUGCGCAACCCAAAUUGAAUAACAAUGAACAAUAAUGAAUAGAAAAUACUUCUUUCAAUAAACACCUCAAACAUAAUUAAAGUUUUUUAUGUAUAAAUUAAA